UGAUUUUUAUGUUUAUUAGAAAGUAGGUUGAUCUUUGGUCAAGGAGCAUGGCCUCGAUUGAGGUCACACUUAAAGCGCAACUUCGAAGUUUGGGAGCAGGCCAAGGUGCCGCAGAGCCAUAACUUCGUUCAAAAUUGUCGGAUCGGGACGCCCUGGUAUAGUUCGACUCUGCUCGUGACGUGAUCGAGCUAUGCCAGGGUGUUCUGGAUUCGAAGUUAUAACUUUGAACGAAGUUAUAACUCUGCGGUACCUCGGUGUGUGCCCUCAAGUUUAUAGGGGAGGACCUUCACCUUGGUUUCGAGCACCAAACUUCAAGGGGAUUUCAAAUAUCUACGAGUGCCUCUCCUCUAUAACUCUCUCUUGACCAACGCACAAUUAGAUUAGUGUUUUGACAUUUAAUGAAUUAUUAAAAUUUAUUUAAAAAUUCAUUUAAACUGUGAUAAAAUAUACAAUAAAAUUAAUAAUUAAAUUUCUAAUUGUGUUCACAUUCUACGACUACUUAGGGCCAUGUCUAAUAGAUCUUACAUUCUUGAGCAUUAAUACUAGGGUUGUACCCCGAACGCUCGGGGGCGGGUAUGUCGGAGUACGGGGUUUUUGAGUUGUUUCGGGGCGGGGUUCGGGUAGAGGAGAAACGUGAAAAAAUCGUCCGGGAACGGGGUCGGGGUACAACUCGAACCUCUAGUCUUAACUUUUUCCAUAUUUUCUCUGCCUUCUUCCAAUUUAUUCAUUGCUGAAUGUAUUCUUAAUCUUGUUCGAGUUUCAAGUCCAUAUCCUUUAUAAGCCAGAGCCUUUUCUAAAAGAACUACCUUUUUAAGUUCAGAAG